AUGCCGCCACUUCCCGCUCUCCCGCCUGUUCCCCUCAAAUAUGCUCUUCCAGCACUGGGCACACUCUUCACUUAUUUAAAUGCUCGAUGGUCAAUGUUCUACGACUACCAACUCAUCAAAUCUCUCGCCACAAUCAACAUCAAACUCAAACUAGCAGAACGAGCAGACCGCUUGAAUCUGUUCUAUGUGCUCGAAAAACAUGCCCUAGCCCCGAAGUCUGCUAACCGACCAUUUAUCGUGUACAACGGUCAGACAUGGACCUACAAGGAGACCUACGACACUGUUCUUCGAUAUGGACAGUAUUUUAAGCAGAACUACGCUAUCAAGCCGAAAGAAAUUGUCGCGCUUGAUUUUAUGAAUUCGGCUACUUUUAUCUUCAUCUGGCUAGGAUUGUCGAGUAUUGGCGCUGUUCCAGCGUUUAUCAAUUAUAAUUUGAGUGGUAAACCCUUGUCGCACUGUGUCAAGGUCUCUACUGCUCGAUUGGUGGUGGCCGAUGAGGAAAUCAGAGGUAAAUUUACGCAAGAGCAGCUUGCGGAUUUUGCGUCGCCGGAUUUCAGAGAUGGAAAGGGUCCCGUUGAUGUGGUUUUCAUCACGCCGGACGUUGAGAAUCAGAUUUUGCAGACGCCUGCCAUCAGGGAAGAUGACAGUGUCCGUAGUAAUGCUGCUAUGCGAGAAAUGGCAGUGUUGAUCUAUACUAGCGGUACAACUGGGUAUCCGAAACCGGCUGUUGUCAGUUUGUCCAAAUGCUGGUCGGGCGCAAUCUUUAUGGACGGGUUCUUGGCUUUGAAAACCGAUGACCGGAUGUAUACGUGUAUGCCGCUGUACCAUGCCACCGGUGCUGUGCUCGGGUUCUGCGCCGUCCUGUUCAAAGGCGCUACGAUCGUGGUUGGACACAAAUUCUCAGCCAAGAACUUCUGGAAUGAUGCUCGGAACGGCGAUUCCACAAUUAUACAGUAUGUGGGCGAGACGAUGCGAUAUCUUCUUGCCAUGCCAAAGAACGAUGCCGAAAAGAGCCAUCGAAUUCGUUUAGCGUAUGGAAACGGCAUGCGACCCGAUGUAUGGGACAAGGUCAAAGACCGCUUCGGCAUCGAGACUAUCGCAGAGUUUUAUUCUUCGACAGAAGGAUUCUCCGGACAUUGGAAUCGAUCAGCCAACGACUUUUCGGCCGGCGCAAUCGGUCGUAAUGGAUUAAUUGGAGAGCUACUUCUGGGACGGACCAUGGCGCUCGUCGAAGUGGAUCACGAACAAGAAAUUCCUCGCCGAGACCCAGCCACUGGAUUCUGCAAGCGUGUUCCCAGAGGAGAAUCUGGAGAAUUGCUUUACGCAUUAGACCCGAACGACAUUGCAUACAAAUACCAGGGAUAUUUCAAUAACUCCGAGGCAUCAGAGAAGAAAAUUUUGCGUGACGUCUUUACCAAAGGAGAUGCCUGGUUCCGGACCGGCGAUACCUUGAAAUGGGACACAGAAGGUCGCUGGUACUUUACAGAUCGUAUCGGCGAUACAUUCCGCUGGAAAAGUGAGAAUGUAUCGACGAACGAGGUUGCCGAAGCACUAGGCAGCCAUCCGGACAUUGCCGAAGCAAAUGUAUACGGUGUGUCGCUACCUCACCACGACGGACGCGCAGGCUGUGCCGCUAUCAUUCUUAAAAACGGAGCCAUCGAUCUCCCAGCUGAUAUUCUGGAGUCGCUGGCUGUUCACGUCCUUGCCAACCUGCCGCGACAUGCAUUACCGCUAUUUCUGCGCGUGACUUCCGAAUUGGAGAGGACGGGUAACAACAAACAACCAAAGCACAUACUGCGUCAAGAAGGUGUCGAUCCUGCCAAAGUGUCUUCUAAGGACCGUCUCUACUGGUUGAGAGGCAACAAGUACGUCCCUUUCACACCGGAGGACUGGGCGAGGUUGUCUGCGGCGCAAAUUAUGCUAUAG